AUGGCUGCAUCUAAGCAGGUUAACGUGGCCAUCAUCAUCACUAGCACCAGACUUGUUAGAGUUGGGCCGUCAAUUGCCAACAUUGUCAAAGACAUUCUUGAAAAGGAAGACGGAAACGAGACCAAGCUCUCCUUGGUUGACCUUGCAGACUUUAAGCUGCCAAUCUACGACGAGAGCGUUGUUCCGUACCAAGUUCCCUCCCAGGCAACUUAUGCCAACGAGCACAGCCGCCACUGGAGUGCCGAAAUCUCCAAAUACGACGCCUACAUCCUGGUCAUUCCCGAAUACAACUACGGCGUGGCGGGAAGCACAAAGAAUGCGAUUGACUACUUGAGGAAUGAGUGGAUCGGGAAGCCAGCAGCCAUCGUAAGCUACGGCAUGACGGGCGGCAAGAAUGCUUCGGAACAAGUCAAGGUCUCGCUUGAAGGAACAGAGCUUCGCGUGAGCCCUACACGGCCUCAGCUCAUAUUUGCAAAGAAUGGUGAAACAUCAGACAUCUUUGCUGCCAUGCAUAAGGGCGAGCUAGGGGAGAAAUCCCGCGAGGUUUGGACCACUGAGAAUAAGAAGGAUAUUGUAAAGGCUUUCGCGGAGCUCAAAGAGGCAAUCAAGAAUCCCCCGGCAGCUAAAGAAAAAUAG